AUGUCAGGUACGUACGUUACGUGUCAGGUGAAGCGGCUGUCAGGCGUGGUGGACGACUGUUGCUGCGAGUACGAGACAGUGGACGAACUCAACUCGCACGUGUUACAGCCGCUGCUGACUCAGCUCGUCAACACCACCUUCUUCAAAUACUUCAAGGUUCGUCUGUGGUGCGACUGUCCCUUCUGGCCAGACGACGGGAUGUGCCACUCAAGGGACUGUUCUGUAGGGGAGUGUAAGGACGACGAGGUCCCCCCCGCCCUCCGCUGCCCCUCCCCACCCGCGCCGUCGCUGCUCCCUGCUGACGUGGACGAGCCACGCGACGCUGACCUGGACCCGAGUGCGGAUGAGUCAGCGUCUGCUGAGUCAGCGGCGGGGUCGGUGGACCGAACGGUGGAUCGGAGCGCGUUUCAGGCGUGGGUGGAGGCGGAUAACCCGUGGACGUCUGAUGAUGAGUCAGAUACAGCCUCCCAGGUGUAUGUGAACUUAGCUCUGAACCCAGAGCGCUACACAGGGUACGGGGGCGACUCAGCGCGGCGCAUCUGGCAGGCGAUCUACCAGGAGAGCUGCUUCCAGGACGGCACCAGGGAUGAAUGCACGGAGAGGCGCGUGCUGUACCGACUAAUUUCGGGUCUGCACCAGGCCAUAUCAGUGCACGUGGCCGCGUCGCAAAUAUGGGACUCAGCAGCUGGGAAGUGGGGCCCCAACAUCACCAUCUUCCACCACCGAGUGGCCAAGUUCCCUGAGCGCCUCGCUAACCUCUACUUUACCUUCCUCUUUGUGCUGCGCGCGGCCACCAAGGCAGCGGAUUUCUUAUCACGCGCAUCUUAUGACACAGGGAACCCCCUUGAAGACCAGCAGACAGCAGCGCUGGUGCAGCAGGUGGUGAGGAAUGGGAGGCUGCAGGCGGCUUGCCCACUGCCGUUUGAUGAGGCGAGGAUGUGGCGAGGGGAUGAGGGUCCGAUGCUCAAGCAGACACUGCAGGGGCACUUCAGGAACAUCAGCCUGAUCAUGGACUGUGUGGGGUGUGAGCGGUGCCGCCUGUGGGGCAAGCUGGAGAUCCUCGGGCUUGCCACAGCCCUGAAGAUCCUCUUCUCUGUUGAUGGCAAUGGCAACGGCAUCGGCAAUGGCAUCGGUGGCAACGGCAAUGGCAACGGUGUUGAUAAGUUGAGUCUGCAGCGCAACGAGGUGGUGGCUCUUUUCAACACGCUCUGGCGCUUCUCCCAUGCGCUCAAGACCACUGCUGAGCUCGUCACCCUGCUCGAGAUGAACCCUUCCCCGGAUGCACCUGUGAUUGGAGCAGCGCCUAUUGCGUCUGUCUCUGGUGGUCCUGCUGCUGCUGGUAGUGGUGGUGGUGGUGGUGGUGGUGACAGUGGGAGUGGUGUGGGUGGCGCUGCUGACACAGUGCCGCUGCAAAAGACCAGCCUGAGCAUCAUCGACACGUGCGAGUUUCAGCGGCUAAGGCACAUCCGCCAGCUAGGCGUCUGCCACUACGUGUACCCGUCAGCCAAUCACACACGACUAGAGCACUCCAUAGGGACCUCCCAUCUGGCCAAUGAGGUGGUGGAAUCAUUAAGGCGGCAGCAGCCAGAGCUGCGGAUCAAUGAUGAUGACGUCAUGGCGGUUACUCUGGCUGGGCUGUGCCAUGACAUGGGGCAUGGGUGCUUCAGUCACAUGCUCGAUAACUCCAUCUUCUCCCACUUCUGCUCUGGAUCCGAUUGGCACCACGAGAAGCGGUCAGUGGAGCUGGUGGAUCGAGUGAUUGACAACAACAACAUCGACAUUGAUCCUGACACCGUGGCCACCAUCAAGGACUAUAAGGAGAAGGAGUUUUUAUGGGACAUUGUAGCCAAUGCACGCACGGGAAUAGACGUGGACAAGUUUGACUACCUGGCUCGAGACAGCUACUUCUGCAACAUCAAGUCGUGCUUCGAUCACAAGAGGUUUGACUACCUGGCUCGUGACAGCUACUUCUGCAACAUCAAGGCGUGCUUCGAUCACAAGAGAAUAAUCCAGAUGAUGCGAGUCAUAGACGACGAAAUCUGCUUCAAGUACAGAGAGUUAGAAACAGUGAACGACCUGUUUUGGCUGCGGGCCAAGAUGUUGGAGACAGUGAACGAGCUGUUUUGGCUGCGCGCCAAGAUGUAUCGCAACGUGUACGCGCACAAGACAACAGUGAACGAGCUGUUCUGGCUGAGGGCCAAGAUGUAUCGCAAUGUGUACACGCACAAGACGGUCAAGGCAGUGGAGGCCAUGAUCCUAGAGGCCCUCACCCACGCCAGCCACGUCUUCCGCUUUGAGGAGAUUGCACUCACGAAAGAUCUCGAUAGAUUCUGCCAGCUGGACGAUACGAUUCUGCGGGAGAUCCUGCGGUCUCGGGACCCCAGCCUGGCGAAAUCCCAGGAGAUUUUGAGGCAGCUUGAACGGCGACAGCUGUAUCAGCACUCACCUUCCUCCCUGAACAAUGUCUGCUCCCUCCUUACUGCCUCAUGUCCCCAGAUCACUCCCCCAUCCCAUCUUUACCCCGUCUCCCCACCAUUCAACCCCGCAGUACAUGAACGAGGUCGUGGUCCCAUUGGGCGCUCUUCACCACUUCAAGAAGCUCUCGUUUGCCUCCCCGCACUCUGUCUGCUCCUGUUUGACCUCCUCCCUUCGCCCCCUUCCCCUCCUCCCUCCCCGCACUCUGUUUGCUCCUGUUUGACCUCCUCCCUUCGCCCCCUUCCCCUCCUCCCUCCCCUCCAGUACAUGAACGAGUUUGUGGUGCCGGUGGAUGCGCUUCACCACUUCAGAAAGCUCACAGUAGAUGAGCUGCUGCAGCAUAACCUCACAGUGGAUGCGCUGGCUGAGCAUGGCACGGGGUCAUACCUGAGGGAGCAUGGCGACCAAGUGAUUGUGGACAAUAUCAAGAUUGACUAUGGGCAGGACACAGACAACCCCCUCGACAAGGUCCGCUUCUUUGAUGUGAGUCGUGGGGGGUGUACUUCAGGGUCCCCGUCUGCGUAA